UUGUAUUGUGUAGUGUUCAUAGUUGAUUUUUUGUUGCUCGUAUAGACAAGAUUAAUAAUUUAUCAAGUAAGUAGGUAACAGAACCUGACUUUGGAUUUCAUGAGUUCUAGAUCGUAUUUACGUACUAGGCCUAUUUAGAAUCUGUUUAUUUUGAAGUUCGUAAAUCGUAACCUAAUGUCAGAGCAGAGCCUUUCUUUGUUUUGAAAGGGUAAAAUAAUAUGUCGUGUUUAUUAACUAGAGAACGAACACGACAUUCAACGUGUUUAUUUUAUGAAGUAAGUUAAAUUUUCUCGUCUGAUGAAUCGGAAAACCAAUCCGAAAUGCCACAAAAAAUCACGAUCCCCUGCUGAAGACAAAGUUAGCCCUUCAUGUACACCUGAGUCUGUACAUGAAAGAAAUUUAUACAUCGUAUCUUUUCCGUUAAUCUUUGUUUUUAACAUUUUAAGAUCUCUGUUAUAUUUGUUCUAUGUUAUAUUUCGUUAUAUUUGGAAGUCGACAUCUAAAAUAUUUAUAUUCAGAACUGUUCAUCUACACACAAGAUACAGCAGCAGAAAUAACACCGACGUCCAACCAACAAUACAGCCAGUUGUAGAAUUGCCCCUUGAACAUCUUUGUGAAGAGUUUACAGAACAGAUGUCUUAUCACAGAGCCAAGCAUAUAAAUUCUCCUGGGUCAGUAGAUCCAUUAUUAGCCAAGCAAAAAGAUCAUCACAGAAAAGCAUUUGAAUUCAUCUCAAAAGCACUGAAAAUUGAUGAAGAGAAUGAAGGUCAUAAAGAACUUGCCAUUGAACUUUACAAAAAAGGAAUCACAGAACUAGAAAAAGGAAUUGCCAUCGAUUGCCGAAAUGGAAAAGGUGAAGUAUGGGAAAGAGCUCAACGCCUGCAUGAAAAGAUGAAGCAGAACUUGAUAAUGGCUAAGGACCGGCUCAAUUUUUUGGCAUCUGGUCGUAAAUUUACUGCUGGAAUCACUAGACCUACAAACGUGUUGACAAAAAGUAAAACUCUGCCACGAUCCAUGGGCUCAAAAACCACUUCCCCUAGUCCCCAGCCUACUAAACAUGCUCAUACUCCUCCGGCCAUCAAACGCCAAUUGUCAGUAAGUGGACCCAGCAGCUCUCCUGUUCAUAAGCCUCUAUCAGCCAAGAUGAAGUCAACAACCAGCAAGACCACAGCUCUCAAGGGUGUUGACCCCAAGUUGGCUCAGAUAGUGCUUGAUGAGGUGUUGGAGGGCAGCUCCCCUGUACAAUGGGAGGAUAUUGCUGGACAAGAGGUUGCCAAGCAAGCUCUUCAGGAAAUGGCCAUUUUGCCAUCGCUAAGGCCAGAAUUGUUCACUGGGCUACGCACACCUGCCCGUGGACUUCUGCUGUUUGGACCACCAGGUAACGGCAAGACGUUGUUGGCUCGUGCUGUUGCUACUGCCUGCAAUGCUACUUUCUUCAGCAUAAGUGCAGCAAGUCUUACUUCCAAAUAUGUGGGUGAGGGUGAAAAGCUAGUCAGGGCGCUCUUCGCGGUUGCUCGAGAACUACAACCCUCUAUAAUCUUUGUGGAUGAGGUAGACAGUGUUCUAUCAGAGCGGAGAGAGGGGGAACAUGAGGCGUCACGGAGGCUUAAGACAGAGUUCCUGGUUGAGUUUGAUGGUCUACCAUCCAACCAAGAUGAGAGAGUUCUUGUAAUGGCAGCGACUAACCGACCUUACGACUUGGACGAGGCUGUUCUCAGGAGGUUCCCAAAACGUAUCUAUGUUGCUUUACCUGAUGCUGAGACCAGAAUGAAGCUGCUUCAGCGCUUAUUGAGUCGCCAUGACAAUCCCCUGAGUGUAGCAGAGCUUCACUCCCUAGCAGCCCUCACUGAUGGCUACUCAGGCAGUGACCUCACAGGCUUGGCCAAGGAUGCAGCCUUGGGUCCUAUCAGAGAGUUGAAUACUGAGCAAGUUCGAAGUUUAGAUCCUUUGAAAGUUCGAAAUAUCACAUUCCAAGACUUUCUUGAAGCUUUGAAAAGAAUCCGUCGAAGUGUGUCGUCACAGAGUUUAAUAACCUAUGAAAAGUGGAACAAAGAGUAUGGAGAUGUCAGUUUGUAAUUUUCUUUAUUAUUUGUGCUUGUUUUCUUUACAUGUGUUUUAUUUUUUGUUGGCUUAGUCUUUUAAUUUUUUUAUUGCUUUCAUGCAACAAAACAAAAACCUAGUCAUUGCAAUCUUACCUUAGAGUUAUAAUUUUUAAGUUGAGCCAUAAUUUGUCAAAUCACAAUUCUAAAUAACAAACAUUCCAUUAAAAUGGAAACUGUAUCUUUAGUCAACAAUGAAGAGGACAUUCAUAGCUUAUAUUCAUUACUUUAAGAUCAAAAUACAUUAAAAAUAAGGAAUGUUAGGGAAGUUGAAUUCUUAAAAUUGUUUCUUAAUAUUGAAAUGAAAUGAAAAAUCCUUUAUUUAUUCGGCCAAAGUUAUAAAUAUUAUGCAUUAGGAUAUGAUGAAUUGUUUUUAAUACCAUUACAGUAGAAACAGUAUUGAUUUUUGAUGCAUCAAACUGCAAUAGAAUUCUUAACUAUAGAAACCCCAACUAUCCAAAUCAAUAUUUGACAAAAUAAUUAUUUAAAAUCAAAGCCCCGGAGAGGGCACAGGUGGGUGUGCUACAACUUUGCUCCAAAGCAACGAGUCAUCACCACCUCACCGCCUAAAGGCUGAUCUGAUAAUGUAGUUCAUUUGUGUUGGUUUUGUCUAUUGUCUUCUUAAUUUUUCUGCUUGUGAUUUAUUUCUGUGAUUACUAUGUUACAUCCAAAUAUCUGAAUUGAUACUAUCUAAUUGAUCCUGUUUCCCGAUUGAUUAAUCAAGGAUGUACUAUUACAAUAGAUUACCUACUUUAGGUUUUUGGAAUUUAUAUUCCUCUCAGUGGUGUAUGAUUUUAAAUAUCUUCUUGAUCAGCAUUGUACGUGUUAUUAGAUUUACAGAAAGUAAAUAAAAGAAACGUCUUAUAACACUUGAAACAAAACAUAUAUUUACGCUUAUACUGUUACAAACAAGACGGUAAAUAUACAAAAAAGAUGGUAAGUGGUGAUCGAUUUUGAUUGGACACUCCAAUCACAUCAGACCCAAUAGGCGAUCUUUUUUGUAUAUUUACCGUCUUGUGAGUAACAGUAUUAGCGUAAAUAUAUGUUUUAAGUGUUAUAAGACGUUUCUUUUAUUUACUUUCCGUGAUUUUAAAUAUGUAAAUUAAUAGAUUGUAUCUCAUUUCAUUAUGUCAUUCAUAACCCAGCUGUAAAUCCGGGUUAACACAAUGCCAUUAGGUGAGACAAUUGUGAGAAGACAACAGUUUAACUGAUUGGCAUGAAAUUGUUGGCUUCGUGUAAACACUACAGGCAUUUGGCUUGCCAACUACCCUCACAAUUGCCCUGAAAUCCAGUUGUCUCACGGAGUAGACUGAGGACAACUGGCCCCCACCAAUUACGUGAUGACGUUUGGCGAAGGCAACUGUCUCCUCACCAACUGGCAUCGUGUAAACCUGGCUUCCCGGUGUCACUGUUUACAAGGGUUGCACCUUAUGAUUUAGUGGAAGAUUCAAGAACGUAUGAUAUUUCCUAAGUUAAAUGUUCAACACUUAGUUUGUGCUGGACGGCUAUUCCACUUUGUUCAACCUAGACUUAACGCACUGUUUACUAAAUUUAUCUGGGAUGUAAACAGAAAAAUUGUUGCUCAUAUUUCUUAGUAACUAAAUAAUAAGAUAACCUUGUGUUGACUAUACCACUAUGGCCACCUUGGUCGAGUUUCAAGUAUGUAGAUCCAUCAUUUAUUUUUUAAAUUAAGAUUUUUUAGAGUGAAAUGAAUUUUACUCAAUCAUCUCAACAGUGAAAUAUAAAUGAUAAAUUGGGUGAAAUACACACAAAGUUGUAUUGAGAUUUUUCAGUGUGGUAGUUAUUUAGGUAGCUGCUGUAUUCUUCUUUUAAGAUCAAAUUAAAAGUUGUGUUUAAUGUCAA